AUGUCGGCCAGGGCAGAAGUCUGCAAAGACUAUCAGUCCUCCCUGGCGGAUUUGACCUUCAACAGCAAACCUCACAUCAACAUGCUCACCAUACUGGCACAAGAGAAUCUGCGCUUCGCUAAGGAUAUCGUCGCAAUUAUCGAAGCACAAAUCUACAAGGUGAAUAUUUUGCCUGCCAGAGCCCAGCCAGCAGUUGCUUACUGCCAAAGACCGCCCUUCAUUCCACCAUCCCAGAAUGUUCAACGUUUCAAUCAACCAGGCUUACAGUUUGCAUCAUCUGGAAGUAACGGUGGCCAAGUAAAUGUGAAUAACUUGAUAACAAGACUGAUUUCUGCUGGAUUAAUUAAGACGGAGACAGUGCCUGCAAGUGCACCAACUGGGCUGUCUAAGACACAAUCAGUGGCAGAAAAGCAAGAGAAAGAAGUCUUCAAAAGUGUCCCAGAUCUCACUGAGUUUGUCAAAGAAGACAUGAAACAGAGAUAUGACGGCGUUGUCACCAAACUCUACGCUGGGAAGCAGUGCUCCUCUUGUGGCUUGCGCUUCACUGCCACACAAACAGAGGAGUACAGAGAUCACUUGGACUGGCACUACAGACAGAACAGGACAAAGAAGGAUAUCAGCAAGGGGGCUGCAUGCAGAGGGUGGUACUUUGGUGUGAAGGAGUGGACGGAACAUCACGACUUAGCUGAUCUUGAGGACAGAGCAAAAAAGAGUCAGUUCUUUGAGAGGGCCAGGCAGCACAGUCAGGAGGGCCUAAGAAAGACAGAACUCCAGAGUGUCAAAGCAGCUCUAGAUGUUGUUGACGAGUCCUGCGAAGUGUGCCAGGAAAAGUUUGAUAUGGAGUGGGAGGAUGAGAAAGAAGAGUGGCGUCUUAAGAAUGCAAUCCGUGUUGAAGGAAAGCCAUAUCAUCCAUCGUGUUAUGAAGACUACAGAAAUGUAGGUAUAACUUGUAUAUACUGA